UCGUCCUCUCUUGUCUCUUUCUCUCUGUCUCUCUGUCUCUCUCUCUCUCUUCCCGUCUGUCUCCCAGCUUGGAUGUGCAUGGAGUCUUUCUCCCUCCUGGUUCUCUAGGGUUUUCCCAUGUUCCAGUGCUGUGUGACAGCUGAUUUCCCGAUAAAUUUCUCCAAAAUGAGGGAAAAUUCCACUUCAGAAUCGUGAAUUUCGGUUUUUCAGAGGUAUCUGUAGGCAUUUCUAGGGUUUUGUGAACAAAUCGGCCGUUAAUUCGAAAAUGCCGACUAACCGAUCGAAAUCGGAGAAGCAUGAAGCUACGAAGCAGCUCCGGCGAGACCCUUACGAGGUCCUUGGUGUCACUAGGAAUUCCACCGACCAGGAAAUCAAAAGCGCUUACCGAAAAAUGGCUCUCAAGUACCAUCCCGAUAAAAAUGCAAAUGACCCUAAAGCAGCUGAUAUGUUUAAGGAGGUCACCUUUUCUUAUAAUAUCUUGUCUGAUCCAGACAAACGGCGCCAGUAUGACACAGCUGGCUUUCAGGCUGUUGAAUCUGAAAGUCAAGACUUGGAGCUAGAUCUUUCAAGUUUGGGUGCUGUAAAUACCAUGUUUGCUGCCCUUUUUAGUAAACUUGGGGUGCCAAUAAAGACCACCGUAUCAGCUACUGUCUUGGAGGAGGCACUAAAUGGCGUAGUCACAAUCCGUCCACUUCCAUUGGGGCAGGCUAUAACAAAAAAGGUUGAAAAGCAAUGUGCUCACUUCUAUGCUGUUACAAUAACGGAAGCGGACGCUAGGGCUGGAUUUGUGUGCCAAGUGCAGUCGUCUGACAAAAGCAAGUUCAAGUUAUUGUAUUUUGAUCAGGAAGAGACUGGUGGAUUGAGCCUUUGCCUACAGGAGGACAGUGCAAAAACAGGGAAGGUUACAUCUGCUGGGAUGUAUUUUCUCGGUUUCCCUGUAUAUCGGUUGGAUCAAACAUUGAACUCGAUGGCUGCUGCAAAGGAUCCUGAUGCUGCAUUUUUCAAAAAGCUGGAUGGGUUUCAGCCAUGUGAAUUGACUGAACUGAAAGCAGGCACUCAUGUGUUUGCUGUUUAUGGUGACAAUUUUUUCAAAAGUGCAAGCUACACAAUAGAAGCUCUUUCCUGUGGACCUUUUACAGAAGAGAAGGAAAAUUUGAGAGCCGUGGAAGCUCAAAUACUAACAAAAAGAGUGGAGUUGUCGAAAUUUGAAACCGAGUACAGAGAGGUUCUGGCACAAUUUACAGAGAUGACCUCUAGAUACACACAAGAAAUGCAAGAGAUUGAUGAGCUUCUCAGGCAGAGGAAUGAAAUUUAUGCCUCAUAUACAAUUGCUCCACCAAUGAAGCGGAGUUCAAGUAGGAGUAGGAAUAAGGGUCAGUCUAAGGAGGUCAACGAAGAAGGUCAAGUGAGAGAUAAGAAAUCUACAUUUAGAGAUCGUUCUAAGAGGAAAAAAUGGUUCAACAUUCACUUAAAGGUCGACAAAAGAAAACCUUGCUGACCAGGGGAACCAGACAGUCUCUUUCCAGUUUUUGGUUGUGGUUGUUUAGCAUCCAUCGAAGCGAAGUACAAGGCUAAGCUUUUGGUAGACCAGAGUGUGUUAAAUAAUAAUGCAAGUGGAAAUGUUUGGCUCCAUUACUCUGGCAUGGCAAGACGACAGCAACUCAUCGUCAUUGUAAAAUUCUUUAAUUUUUCUUGAUUCCCUUGUUAUUCUUUUACGCCGGCAUUGUUAUCAAUCACACAUGUAAAUUGGCAUAGUUUAUUCGUCAACUCAUUGCAGGGGUGGUUAUUUUGGAUUAUGGAAUUAAAAGCAUGGCAGAGGAUGUAUUUGCUCCUGCACAAGUACCCAAUUGUUUGGCUGGUUUCUUUUGUUCCAUGAAUGUAAGGGCCUAAUUCGCCGUACUAAACAGGCAUCAUACUAGAAGCAGUUUCCUUUUUAUAAAUUCUCAAGGAUCCAUGUUUGUGAUU